CCGUGUGACGACGAGAAAGCAUAAUAACGAGAAAGACCGUGUCCAAGGAAAUACCGGCGGUGUGGGGACUACGGCGGCGAUGAAAUCGGCGGUGAAGAUGCUACGGCCGCGGUGAAAGUAGAAGAUGAACCUCUCCCACGUGUGACGAGAAUGUAUAAAAAGGGGAAAGACAGAGUGGAAUCUUCAUCUUCCUCGAACCAGGCUAUCAUGUCCAGGUGUGGCUUUUAUACGGCAGAGGAGCUGCUCGAGGACAUAAAGGAGGCACAUUGGUAUCGGCUAUCUCACCCUGAAGAUCCGCAUCCCUAUCAGGAUGAGAUUGAUGCUAUGAGAGCCAUUAAAAAGAAUAUAAGGCCGUCACCACUUCCACCAUGUACUUCUGUGGUAACUUUUAACGGUGUGAGAAUGAACAGCUCUUUUGAGAAACGUGCGUCUGUUAUCUUCUGUGAUGAAAAGCCUACUGCGAGGAGCUGGAUGAUGGAUACACUUUUGCCUGGUAUCUCUCCAAGCGUGGAUCAGUGAAAUAAAACUCUUCAGAAUCAUGCAGAGGAUAUCGAGAAGGCCCUCCCUCUCUGACCUUUCUUGGCUUCUUAAAACUUAUAUAAAAUUGCUAGUUAUACUUAAAUAGCUCCUUCAAGUUAGUUGGCACAAGCUUUGGUUGUCAUUACGAAUGUUAACUCUUUUAUUUUGCUGUUAAUUUACAACUUAAGAUAACACUGCAGUUACAUUCUUACAUAGCUCUUCUUGCCAAUGUUUACUUGAUUGAUUCUUGCCGUGUUCCAGACACUGUCCAGAGAGCUGGGUCAUACAGGCUGUAUUAUGAGUGUGUUUUUUUUUUCUUUUCUAUUCAAAAUCAAUCAUUCUUCAAGACUUCAAGUCUUGAGGAGCUUUGGUUUAGUCAAAUAAAUAUAUGCCACUUUUAAUAAAACUAAUAAAUUUUUAAAAAAUAGUAUUACAUAGAACAAAGGGUGUAAGAAGAAGAAACAUAUAUAAAAAGUGUGAGAUGAUGAUAUAUUGAGAGUGAAAAAUGGUUCCACUUAAUAACACAGGAAGCUUCCC